CUCGAAACGGGGGGAAAUUUACAAAAGUGUACAGACGAGAUGCAACCACAGCGUGAGGAGGAAAAGAGGCCGUGAAGAGAAGCUGAUAAUCUCUGGGGCCAACUUCAGACCCAAAUGAUGGAUGCUUUAGAGGACAAAUGCACAGACAAAAUCAAGAAGCCCGAGGCCAAGGAGGCUGAUGAAAGACCCCAAUGGGACAACAAAGCUCAGUACCUGCUCACAUGCAUCGGGUUUGCUGUUGGUCUAGGAAAUGUAUGGCGAUUUCCUUAUUUAUGUCAAACCUAUGGUGGAGGUGCUUUCCUCAUCCCGUACCUUAUCGCCUUGGUUUGUGAAGGUCUGCCUCUUCUUCAUAUGGAGCUGGCGAUCGGACAAAAGCUCCGGGCCGGCAGCAUUGGUGUCUGGAACUCGAUCUCACCGUACCUCUGUGGAGUAGGUCUUGCCUCUAUGGUGGUGUCCUUCCUGGUGUGUUUGUUCUACAACACCAUCCUGGCAUGGGUCCUGUGGUACCUUUUUAAUUCAUUUUAUAACCCUCUUCCCUGGCAUCACUGUCCUACUACACUAAACCUCACAUCAGAACAAGGUGAGGAGUGCAAACAGAGCACACCAGCCAACUAUUUCUGGUACAGAGAGACUCUGAACAUCUCUCCAAACAUCGAGAGCAGUGGGGGCAUGCAGUGGAAGAUGGUUUUGUGUUUGGCCGCAGCCUGGUGCAUAGUCUAUGUCUGUUUCAUCCGAGGCAUUGAAACCAUUGGAAAGGCCAUUUACGUGACAGCCACCUUCCCUUAUGUGGUGCUCACCAUUUUUCUGAUUCAGUCAUUGACUCUGCCAGGUGCCACUCUUGGAUUAAAUCACCUCUUUAACCCAGACUGGGAAACAUUAAUGAACCCAAGGGUGUGGUUAGAUGCAGCCACACAGAUUUUCUUCUCUCUUUCUUUAGCCUUUGGUGGCCUCAUUGCAUUUUCCAGUUAUAACCCACAGAGGAACAACUGUGAACGUGAUGCCGUCAUCGUUGGCUGUGUCAACAGUCUGACAUCCAUCUACGCAUCUAUUCCCAUCUUUGCGAUUCUGGGGUUUAAAGCACUAAAUAAUUACAUAGAGUGUGUAAAGAGCCAUUUCAUCAAUGGGACAAAUGCGAAUAUUUCUGAUCUGAAUAUAACAGAUAAAAAUUAUGAACAGUGGUUUACACAUUUGAAUUCUACAAAUCCAUCGCUUGUCGAAGAUCUUAAUUUGAAGUGUGAUCUUAACACAUUUCUUAAUCAGAGUGCAUCAGGCACUGGCCUGGCAUUCAUCGUGUUCACAGAAGCGGUAACAAAGAUGCCAGUUUCUCAGCUUUGGGCAGUGCUGUUCUUCAUCAUGCUCUUUACUUUGGGACUGUCUUCAAUGUUUGGAAACCUGGAAGGGGUCCUCACUCCUCUGUUAGACUUGGGCAUUAUACCCAAAAGGAUGCCCAAAGAACUUUUAACAGGUCUCAUAUGCCUGGUUUCCUUCAUUAUAGCCUUGAUCUUCUGUCUGCGCUCUGGGAACUACUGGCUAGAAAUAUUUAACAGUUACGUGGGGUCCGUGCCCCUGUUGGUCAUUGCGUUUUUUGAGAUCAUAGCUGUAGUCUGUGUCUAUGGUGUUAACAGGUUCAGUAAAGACAUCGAGGAUAUGACUGGACGACGACCCAAUAUGUACUGGCAGGUGAUGUGGAGGGUGAUCAGCCCCCUUAUGCUGCUGGUAGUCUUCAUGGCAUAUGUGAUAGUUGAGGCCCAAAAGCAGCCCACCUAUAAGGCGUGGAAUCCAAAUCACGAUGAUUUUCCAAAGGUUGAAGAUCAGCCGUAUCCGAACUGGGUGUUUGGCAUUUGUGUUCUCCUGCCUCUUGUGCCAUGUUCUCUUAUUCCACUAGGGGCGCUGUACAGGCUCAUUCAGUUCCUGCUUAAAUCAAGAAGAGACAGAAGCGAUAUUGAAAUGUAUGAAGUUGAAACUUAGCGACAAAACCAAAACAUUUUAGUGUCAGCUGUUUCAAGUAUUGAUUUUUGUUAUCCAAAAAAUCUCCAAUGGAGAAGUUUUAUAAAAGCUUUUUGAAAAAAAAAAACAAUAUAUUAUUUAUAGUAUUGUCAGGACUGCAUAAUAUCAUCUCUGAUAUAGGAAAUAACGUAUAAAUAAUAGAAAUGUUUUUAAAUGUUCAAUGUGUUUUUAUACAGUAGGCUACACUGUCAGGAUGGUCAGAAAAUGGUCCCAGCUUCACUGUAAAAAAUACUUUGCUUCCUUAAAUUUUUUGUUGAAUCAACUCGGAUUUACAAGUCAUUUCAACUUACUAUUAUUUAUCUUGACUAGAGAUGAGUUGUUAUAACUACAGGUGAGUUGUUAUAACUUAUAAAAUUAAGAUAUAUUUUAUAAGUUGUGACAACUCAUCUCUGUUGACAUGACUUGUAAAUCACAGUUGUUUUUACAAAAAAGUUUAAGGCAGCAAAGUACUUUUACAGUGAAGCUGUCACUGGGGCAGUACUUUUAAAAAGGUCCUAUACACUGAAAAAAAAUUAAUUCAAUUUACUUACAAUUUAAGCAAAAAAUGUAGCUUAAAUAAAUGGAUUGCAACCACUUAGCUUAAAAAAAUUGAGUAAGUUGAAUGUAUCAUUUUUUCAGUGUAUGUAUCAUUUACAGUAGGUACUGAUAUACAUUUGGUACUAAUAUGAACUCUUUAGGUACAAAAGUUAACUUUUUGAAAGGGUACCACCCCAGCUAGGGACCUUUUUGACCAUUUGUCCUGACAGUGUAGCUACUUCUGUGAUGUCAUUUAAUUGGAUACUCUGCAAUUUUUAAAUAAAAUAUAUCUAAACAAUAAAA